AAGAGGCGGAUGUUUCCGCCUUGUGCUCACAGAACGAAGUGACUCAUCUUCAGGUACAGAGACGAUCUUCGGCGGAGCUAGCCGGCUAACUGUUAGCUCCGAGAGACGCCAUUAGUCUGGUGAAGAGCAGCGGUCGCAUUAGGCUGGAAGAGGAAGUAGCUCGCUGUUAGAGCCGGUUCCCGCUCACCUGUCGGCAGGUAUCGAUCAGGGUCACAUUCGCUGGUGCUGUCGCGGUGGUUCCGUCCUGAUCCAGCGGUUGGAGCCGAUGUGAGCGACGCACUUCCGACGGGGUUAGCACUAGCAUUAGCAGCGCUAGCUUGAUAACGCUUGUUUUGAUUGAAGAAAAACAAGAACCCCCCCCCCAAAGAAAGAUCCUGUAUUCACUAACUGCCCAGCUAUGGCUGCGGGGGGGACGGGCGGGAGGACCUACUCGUUCAAGGUGGUGUUACUGGGGGAAGGCUGCGUGGGGAAAACCUCUCUGGUGCUCCGGUACUGCGAGAACAAGUUCAACGACAAACACAUCACAACUCUACAGGCGUCCUUUCUCACAAAGAAGCUCAACAUCACAGGAAAGAGAGUUAACCUGGCCAUAUGGGACACAGCAGGUCAGGAGCGUUUUCAUGCGUUAGGUCCCAUCUACUACAGAGACUCAAAUGGAGCCGUACUAGUGUACGACAUUACAGACGAAGACUCCUUUCAGAAGGUGAAGAACUGGGUGAAAGAGUUGAGGAAAAUGUUGGGGAACGAGAUUUGUUUAUGUAUAGUAGGUAAUAAAAUUGAUUUGGACAAAGACAGACAUGUUUCAGUGGAGGAGGCCGAGAGUUACGCAGAGUCGGUGGGAGCCAAACACUACCACACAUCAGCCAAGUUAAAUAAAGGCAUCGAGGAGCUCUUCCUGGAUCUCUGUAAAAGGAUGAUGGAGACGGCUCAGGCUGAGGAGAGGUUGAAGGGCAACGGCGCCAGCCAGUCAGCAUCGAGUAGGCGGGGCGUACAGAUCGUCGACGACGAACCACAAGCCACGCCCGCCGGAGGAUGCUGCUCUUCUGGCUAACACACACACACACACACACACACACACACACACACACACACACACACACACACACACACACACACACACACUCUCGCUCUGUCAUACAUGCUUGCAGACGUUAUAUUCACACAGUGUCUCUGUCGUCCAGUUGGUCGCCUCUAAAAUCCUAAAAUAAGUUUUUUGGUUUUUGCUGUGUUCAUUCAGCGCCGCCUCUGCUGCUAAGGAGCAUGGGAAAUCACAUUUAAAAAAGAAAAAAGCAAUCAUUGUUCCCUCCAAAAUAAAGUAACUUAUGGUUAAAACGAGAGAAUCAUUUCCUGUAUUAGUCUUUAACUGAGAAACACUGACGGCCACUACACCUCCUCCAACCUACAGCUCUCGCUCUAUUUAAGGACAGAACAGGCUCAGACUUCAGCAGAGGUUUAUUAUGUUUAUGGUUUUUGGGAUAAAAAUGCAUCCAGACAUACAAACACACACUGUAUAAACCUCCAUUAAUCAUAUUUAUCUAUAAAUAUAAACAUAUUUCCUGUUUUUAACCCAGAGGAGCAGCAGGCCGACAGUUUGUGGUAAAACGGCUCCACCUGCUGGAUCAAAGUCCAACUUCAGGUCUGUAUUAAUGUUAAUGCACGCUGUGUGUACAGAGAUGGAGGGUUUAAAGUUCCUCUUGAGUUUAAAUGAGGCUUCAACAGUCAGACAGACCAGCCUGCGUCUCUUCGUCCUGGGGGUCAUUACAGGUGAUUAAUUACACCAUUAAUGCAAAAUGUGUGUUUAUCUUGUGUUUAUGUAAAGAAAAUGAUAUUUCAAAUGCAGGAAAAGAGACAGAAUGAAGUGCAAACAUCAAGAAAAGCUUUAAGAAAAUGAUUUAAUAUUCAACAGCUCCGUUCUGACCAAAUCUACCUGACAUCACCGUUGUUUACACAACAACAAACAAACAAACAACAGUUCUGACUUCAUAAACAGACUUUGGCUUUCAUAGAGCAUAAAGAAUUCAAAAUACUGAUAAUGAAUCAGCUGUUUUAUUAGUUAUUGGGAUAAUUCACAAUAUAAAAAUAAUGAUCUGUCCCGAUAUUUAUCCCUCGUGAUCAUGUGAUCUAAGUAUGGAACUUAAAUCAGCUGAGACUCGCCGCUCUUCAUCUGAAGACCAUGAGAUGGUGUUAAAAGACCUGGAAAAGCUAGUAAGAUGACCAAAACCUCCGAAAUAAAACGCCUGCUGUGAGGAAACGUGUGAAUUUUGAGCUGAAAAGACUUUAAGUUUGAAAGAUUCCCGUUCGAUUGAGACUGUUGGCGCCUCAGAAGAGCUUCAGCUGGACUUUAUUAACGAACCCGACACAGAAUUUAUCCUCCAUCUCUCACACAGAUAUCUGUCCAGGGUCAGAGGUCAGAGUACAGACAGUUUUAUUAAUAUAGAGCUGAAACAGUGCGACGUCUGCACACUUUAAUUUAUAAAAGCUGCAAAAGUCUUUUCUCUUUAACUCCAUUCAGUUGUUCCUUUAUUUUUAAACAAAGUGAAGAAAUAUAAUGUACAUGAACAGGAAAUCAUAAAAAACAAGAAAUAAAACAAACCACUGCACUUUGUUCAAAUCAGAUUCAGAGAUUAAAAUAAAUAACCAAUAAGAUCAAAUGAACAUAAAAACACUGAACUGAUUCUGUAUCACAGUUUAAUGGUUUAUUGUUUGUCUUAUUUAUCUAAAACCUGAGGAAGUUAUAAAUGAAUAAAGACACAAUCUUUACGUCUGAGGAGCUGAAACUGAUUCAUUUCCAUCCAUCAAUUAAUCGAUUAAUAAAACCAGAUUUAGAAAUUAAAAUUAAUAAAUUAACAGCAAAUCUCAAAACAUCUCAUUCAACAAUAUUAGAGCGACAAACAAUAAUUAUUAAAACUAAUUAAGAAUAAUUUUUAGUUUAUAAAAUGUCAGAAAAUAAUGAAAAAGAGCCAAAAUGCUUCACUCCAAAACUUAAAGUCAGUUUACAAAGAUAUCGAACAGAGAAAGAAACUCUGAACUGAUUCAUUAUAUAUAAAUAUGUUCAGCUCUGAUCUGGAUUAUAAAUCAUUUUGAGAAACAGCUCAGUUUUUUUAAACUACGUCAGUAAACGUUGAUUAAAAUGUGUUUGUGUUUCAGUUGGACAGAAACAUUUAUUCUCUGUCAGUUAAUCGAUCAGAAAUCUAUAAAAUGUCAACGAGCCGAAGAAUACGACUUUAAAUUGGUCGAUUUGUCCUCGAAACCCCAAAAAUAUUUAAUUUACAAAGAAAGAAAAAUCAGCAAAUCCUCAAAUUUAAAAAGCUUAUUUUUGACAUUUUUACCUGAAAAAUGACGUAAAUAUUUAAAAUAUUUGUGAAUGAAUUGAAUUCUCUUUCUAAUUGAUGAAUAGUUUCAGCUCUAAAACGUAACAACAGCUUUCUGGAUAUUGUGCAGCUGCUCCUUUGUCCUCCUCCUCUUCCUCUACAUGAGUUUUAAAACACACACACACACACACACACACACACACACACACACACACACACACACCGGGACAGAGGAAUAAUACCGUGCAUGUUUGAUUUCUGUAACAGCUUUCUUUGUUUUUCUUUUAAAAGAAAUGGUGAAUAAAAAAACUGAACAGCGUUUAUUUAAUAAGUUAUAUUCACGUGAUGGAAAUCUGUACAAAGUCUUUCUGUGUUCUUUCUGUACUUCUACUCUUCGUCCCUCCCCAGGACCUGUAGCUCAUUAAUCCCUCUGCUUAUUGUACAACCCCCCCCCAUCAAACAUACGGGACAUUUUAUCUGCCUUUGGGAAUAAUCUAAAAACUAAACGCUGUUCUGUUCAUGAUGGAAAAAUGGGAAGAAAAGAAAAAUGUGGUUGAAAAGGAUAAAAAAAAAAAAAAAUCAGCGCACUUUUUGGAAAUGUAAUUUUUUAAACUGCUAGUGUCAAAGUGUUUUUGUAAAGAUUAUAGAACAAUUAUAACGAUUUACACAACGCA